AAUCUACAGCCGCACGCCUCUGGCCAAAACUAAAAACCUGUUCCGGCUCCGCUCCCCUAUAAAACACCAACCUCUCUCAAACACCGUUCUUGCAUCAACAACCACCACCACCACCCAAAACAAAAAACAAAUCAAACAACUCAAAAACCCCAACAAAAUCCACCCAAAAAAAUCCAAAAAAAAAAAAAAAAGAAGAAGAAGAAGAAGAUAGAAAGAAAAGAAAAAAAUGGGUUUGUCCUUAACACCCUCCUCAAGAUCAGCGGAGGUCGGAAAAUGGCUGGGCCUAGUAACUGCGGUCUGGGUGCAGUGCAUCUCCGGCAACAACUACACCUUCUCAAAUUACUCAGACGCUCUCAAGAACUUGAUGGGCUUGACCCAAUUAGAACUGAACAACCUCUCAGUUGCUAAAGAUGUUGGCAAAGCUUUCGGGAUUCUUGCUGGGCUUGCAUCUGAUCGGUUGCCGACGCCGGUGAUUCUUCUUAUUGGGUCUCUUGAAGGGCUUGUCGGGUAUGGAGCUCAAUGGCUUGUUGUGAGGCAGUCGAUCUCACCGCUUCCUUAUUGGCAGAUGUGUAUAUUCCUGUGUAUGGGAGGCAACAGCACGACAUGGAUGAACACGGCCGUGCUAGUCACCUGCAUGCGCAACUUCCGACGGAAUCGGGGCCCUGUGUCCGGGAUCCUCAAGGGCUACGUUGGUCUCAGCACUGCCAUCUUCACUGAUCUCUGCUCCGCUCUGUUCGCCGACAACCCGGCCUCCUUCCUCCUCAUGCUCUCCAUUGUCCCUGCUGCAGUUUGCAUCGCCGCGAUGGUCUUCCUCCAUGAAUCCCCCUCAGCUGCCAACAAACCCACAGUUGCAGAAGAGGAGACCGAAGCGAAAUGCUUCAAUAUGAUCAAUGUAGCUGCAGUUGUAAUUGCAGUUUAUCUGUUAGCCUUUGAUCUCUCUGGUGAGCAUGGAGUGCUGAUUUCAAGAGUAUUUGUGGCUGUCCUUAUGGUGCUUUUAGUAGCGCCGGUGGGAGUUCCAAUUUAUUUAUCCUUCAGGUCGAGGAGAUCAAAAUUAAAUGGCGAUGCCGAGGGUCAGAUUGAGGAGCCAUUGAUUAAAGAAGAAGAGGAGACAGUGAUGAUUGUCGAGAAUGAGAACGAGCAUGAAAAAGAGGAGGGUGAUGUUGAACAGAGAAUUCCAGAGAUUGGAGAGGAGCAUACAAUAAAAGAGGCAUUGAUGAAGUUGGAUUUCUGGAUAAUGUUUGUGUCGUUCUUGUGCGGAGUUGGGACGGGAUUGGCUGUGAUGAACAAUAUGGGGCAGAUGGGGCUUGCUAUGGGUUACACUGAUGUUUCUAUUUUUGUUUCCAUGACCAGCAUCUGGGGAUUCUUUGGGAGGAUUGGUUCUGGUUCUCUCUCUGAGUAUUUCCUCAAGAAAUGCGGGACACCAAGACCUCUAUGGAACGCAGCUUCCCAAAUCCUAAUGGCUGUUGGGUACAUAACAAUGGCCAUAGCAUUGCCUGGUUCUCUCUUUCUAGGCUCAGUCAUUGUUGGUAUCUGCUAUGGUGUUCGUCUAGCUGUUACUGUUCCCACUGCGUCUGAGCUAUUUGGCCUCAAAAACUAUGGUCUCAUAUACAACAUUCUCAUUUUGAACCUCCCCCUCGGUUCUUUCCUCUUCUCAGGGCUCCUCGCAGGAUUCCUCUACGAUGCUGAGGCAACUAAAACACCUGGAGGUGGCAAUACUUGUGUUGGGGCCCACUGUUACAGGGUCGUGUUUAUUAUCAUGGCCAUUGCGUGUUUUAUCGGGUUUGGAUUUGAUCUGUUGUUGGCGUUCAGGACGAAGAAGGUUUAUAUGAAGAUCUAUGCUAGCAAGAAAGCGAAGAGAGCAGUGGUUCGGUCCAUCAAAGUCUGAUGAUUCAUGCCUAAGACAUUCUUUUUGUGUUAUUUCUCUUGAAUUUAUUGUAUAUUAGAAAUCGGACAUGAGAUCAAAUUGUAACUGGUCUCAUCAAUUUCACAGUAUGUAAUCUUGUCACUUGUCCCUGUAUAUUCUUUCCUUUCCUUUAUGCCCUUUGGGGCGACGGAGAAGAAGAAUUCAUUUAGUUUGAGUUCAGAGGUAGAAACUGUGUGCUCGGAGAUAUUUGAUGUUUGGUUGAAAUUAUGUGAAAAUGAGAGAAGAAUAAUGAAUAAAUUUCAUAUUUCAAAGGUCUAA